CGGUCGUCUCGCGCCAAUUUGCCGUGUGCAGGCCACCAUAUCAAAGGCACUCUUUCGAUAUAAAGUCAUUUUUUUAUGAAACUAGUUUGAGUAGUAACAUGUUCAAAUAGUUAAGACAUUGGCUCAAAUCUAGAAUGUGCCUUUGAAUUUUGAGAAAGUUAACAGCUAAGGAAGAAUAUUUCUCUUGUCUCAUUGACUUCUCAAACCCGAAUCCCCAGCCUGGUCUACUUAAUCUGUUUAGCAAGCGUUCCUGCGAUGUUGCGUAUCAAGGUUUAGAAACUGUGGUGAUACAGUCACUUAUAACUCCUCCUGUUUUCUAAACGGAAUUUACUGAAGCAGGAAGAAGAAAAGUGAAACAUUUUUUACAGAACCAGAAGGCAAGACCACAGACUAAAAUGUAUCCAUUCAGCCUGUUUGUUUUUUUGGUGCUCCCAUAUCAAGCUUGCUUAGCAUGCUCUCCCAUCAAGAAAAUGGAGAGGUGUGAAGAUUUGAGGACGGGAAUUGGAUAUGUGUACCCAUAUGAAACUCCGGCUGGAUCUGAAAUUGAGGUGUACUCAAACAAUACUCCAAUAGCCUACCGUGGCAUGAACAAGCCUUUUGAGGCACAUCUCUCUGAUAAGGUGAUAAAUGUGAACAACAGUGCUGUCAUCCUCUCUGAAUGCCUGAAUCUGACAUUCAAAUUAUUUCAUGUUCUCCAGGGCAAGGUGGAGGAGCGCCAUUUGUAUUACAUUGUUGCAGGGCAAGGUGGAGGAGCGCCAUUUGUAUUACAUUGUUGCAGGUAAAGAAUGAUUUUAGAGAUGCUUACUUCCCAUGUGUCUUCUCUUAAGGGCAAGGUGGAGGAGCGCCAUUUGUAUUACAUUGUUGCAGGUAAAGAAUGAUUUUAGAGAUAUUUACUUCCCAUGUGUCUUCUCUUAAGGGCAAGGUGGAGGAGCGCCAUUUGUAUUACAUUGUUGCAGGUAAAGAAUGAUUUUAGAGAUGCUUACUUCCCAUGUGUCUUCUCUUAAGGGCAAGGUGGAGGAGCGCCAUUUGUAUUACAUUGUUGUAGGUAAAGAAUGAUUUUAGAGAUGCUUACUUCCCAUGUGUCUUCUCUUAAGGGCAAGGUGGAGGAGCGCCAUUUGUAUUACAUUGUUGUAGGUAAAGAAUGAUUUUAGAGAUGCUUACUUCCCAUGUGUCUUCUCUUAAGGGCAAGGUGGAGGAGUGCCAUUUGUAUUACAUUGUUGUAGGUAAAGAAUGAUUUUAGAGAUGCUUACUUCCCAUGUGUCUUCUCUUAAGGGCAAGGUGGAGGAGUGCCAUUUGUAUUACAUUGUUGUAGGUAAAGAAUGAUUUUAGAGAUGCUUACUUCCCAUGUGUCUUCUCUUAAGGGCAAGGUGGAGGAGUGCCAUUUGUAUUACAUUGUUGUAGGUAAAGAAUGAUUUUAGAGAUGCUUACUUCCCAUGUGUCUUCUCUUAAGGGCAAGGUGGAGGAGUGCCAUUUGUAUUACAUUGUUGUAGGUAAAGAAUGAUUUUAGAGAUGCUUACUUCCCAUGUGUCUUCUCUUAAGGGCAAGGUGGAGGAGUGCCAUUUGUAUUACAUUGUUGUAGGUAAAGAAUGAUUUUAGAGAUGCUUACUUCCCAUGUGUCUUCUCUUAAGGGCAAGGUGGAGGAGCGCCAUUUGUAUUACAUUGUUGCAGGUAAAGAAUGAUUUUAGAGAUAUUUACUUCCCAUGUGUCUUCUCUUAAGGGCAAGGUGGAGGAGCGCCAUUUGUAUUACAUUGUUGCAGGUAAAGAAUGAUUUUAGAGAUGCUUACUUCCCAUGUGUCUUCUCUUAAGGGCAAGGUGGAGGAGCGCCAUUUGUAUUACAUUGUUGCAGGUAAAGAAUGAUUUUAGAGAUAUUUACUUCCCAUGUGUCUUCUCUUAAGGGCAAGGUGGAGGAGCGCCAUUUGUAUUACAUUGUUGCAGGUAAAGAAUGAUUUUAGAGAUGCUUACUUCCCAUGUGUCUUCUCUUAAGGGCAAGGUGGAGGAGCGCCAUUUGUAUUACAUUGUUGCAGGUAAAGAAUGAUUUUAGAGAUAUUUACUUCCCAUGUGUCUUCUCUUAAGGGCAAGGUGGAGGAGCGCCAUUUGUAUUACAUUGUUGCAGGUAAAGAAUGAUUUUAGAGAUGCUUACUUCCCAUGUGUCUUCUCUUAAGGGCAAGGUGGAGGAGCGCCAUUUGUAUUACAUUGUUGUAGGUAAAGAAUGAUUUUAGAGAUGCUUACUUCCCAUGUGUCUUCUCUUAAGGGCAAGGUGGAGGAGCGCCAUUUGUAUUACAUUGUUGUAGGUAAAGAAUGAUUUUAGAGAUGCUUACUUCCCAUGUGUCUUCUCUUAAGGGCAAGGUGGAGGAGUGCCAUUUGUAUUACAUUGUUGUAGGUAAAGAAUGAUUUUAGAGAUGCUUACUUCCCAUGUGUCUUCUCUUAAGGGCAAGGUGGAGGAGUGCCAUUUGUAUUACAUUGUUGUAGGUAAAGAAUGAUUUUAGAGAUGCUUACUUCCCAUGUGUCUUCUCUUAAGGGCAAGGUGGAGGAGUGCCAUUUGUAUUACAUUGUUGUAGGUAAAGAAUGAUUUUAGAGAUGCUUACUUCCCAUGUAUCUUCUCUUAAGGGCAAGGUGGAGGAGUGCCAUUUGUAUUACAUUGUUGUAGGUAAAGAAUGAUUUUAGAGAUGCUUACUUCCCAUGUGUCUUCUCUUAAGGGCAAGGUGGAGGAGUGCCAUUUGUAUUACAUUGUUGUAGGUAAAGAAUGAUUUUAGAGAUGCUUACUUCCCAUGUGUCUUCUCUUAAGGGCAAGGUGGAGGAGCGCCAUUUGUAUUACAUUGUUGCAGGUAAAGAAUGAUUUUAGAGAUAUUUACUUCCCAUGUGUCUUCUCUUAAGGGCAAGGUGGAGGAGCGCCAUUUGUAUUACAUUGUUGCAGGUAAAGAAUGAUUUUAGAGAUGCUUACUUCCCAUGUGUCUUCUCUUAAGGGCAAGGUGGAGGAGCGCCAUUUGUAUUACAUUGUUGUAGGUAAAGAAUGAUUUUAGAGAUGCUUACUUCCCAUGUGUCUUCUCUUAAGGGCAAGGUGGAGGAGUGCCAUUUGUAUUACAUUGUUGUAGGUAAAGAAUGAUUUUAGAGAUGCUUACUUCCCAUGUGUCUUCUCUUAAGGGCAAGGUGGAGGAGUGCCAUUUGUAUUACAUUGUUGUAGGUAAAGAAUGAUUUUAGAGAUGCUUACUUCCCAUGUGUCUUCUCUUAAGGGCAAGGUGGAGGAGUGCCAUUUGUAUUACAUUGUUGUAGGUAAAGAAUGAUUUUAGAGAUGCUUACUUCCCAUGUGUCUUCUCUUAAGGGCAAGGUGGAGGAGUGCCAUUUGUAUUACAUUGUUGUAGGUAAAGAAUGAUUUUAGAGAUGCUUACUUCCCAUGUGUCUUCUCUUAAGGGCAAGGUGGAGGAGCGCCAUUUGUAUUACAUUGUUGCAGGUAAAGAAUGAUUUUAGAGAUAUUUACUUCCCAUGUGUCUUCUCUUAAGGGCAAGGUGGAGGAGCGCCAUUUGUAUUACAUUGUUGCAGGUAAAGAAUGAUUUUAGAGAUGCUUACUUCCCAUGUGUCUUCUCUUAAGGGCAAGGUGGAGGAGCGCCAUUUGUAUUACAUUGUUGCAGGUAAAGAAUGAUUUUAGAGAUAUUUACUUCCCAUGUGUCUUCUCUUAAGGGCAAGGUGGAGGAGCGCCAUUUGUAUUACAUUGUUGCAGAGAGGGAGCAUGUGGCUAUGACAACUAUCAAUCUGACUGACAAUCUGACUGACACCUCGGACAACACAUCAGGAAAUGGGGACAAAGCCAAAGCCACUGGCCACACAAAGGAAAUCACUGCUGGUGUUCUGGUGUUCUUGGUUCUGCUGCUGGGCUUUGCUGGUUUCUUAGUGUACAGAUAUGGCAACAUUCCUUGGAGAGACAAAUAUCCAUUUGCUCUUGUACAGCUAGUUCAGCUGGGUCGGGACUACCUUAACACCAACAGGGAAAACCAGAGGAACCAGGGGGAUGGGGUGGAAGAGGAGAGGGAGCCACCACACAGUCAGGAGACACAUGUUGAGUCCUCUCUGCUGAAUGGGCAUCUUGUGAACAGCAGACAAGGAGAGGGAGGUGAGCCAAGCGAGAGGUUCGUUCAGCCAAUGGGCCGUGAGGGAACAGAUACUGAAUUCUCUCAGAAGAGACAUGCUGGAUUUCCUCUGGUGAAUGGAAACCAUAAGGCCAGGGUUAACGAUGAGACUAAGGAAGCGACUCCUAGUGCACAGAGUCCAGGACCUCCUCAGACGAAUGGAGGACCUCCUAUGUCUGACAGGUUGGAGAACAACCCUGUUGGUCAGAGGAUGAAGAAAACUGCUCUGGUGAACAAGCAGGACCAAGACUGGUCAGCAACGGCAUGAAGCCAGUUGAAAAUAUAUAAUAUAUAAGAUGAAACUAAGUGUAAAUAUAAUCAAAUAUAACAUGAUAUACAACAGUAAUAUAGAACAGAUAUACAACAUGAUAUACAACAUAAUAUAGAACAGUAUAAUAUGACAUUAUAUAAUAUCGUAACACUUAGUUGAAGCUGCUUCUUGUAUAGUGUUAUAUAUUCUAAUGAAUGCAUUCUUAACAACAUGAAUGAUGCAUUAAUGCAUACAUAGGACAUAACUGUAUAGUACAAUUAUAAUAUAAUACUGUGCUGGUAAGCUGCUAGCUGUGGGGUUGCCCCCAGCUGUGGUUUCUAUCAUUCAGAGUAUCUACGCUCAACUGUGGUUCAAAUCCAUAGUUUUUAGCUUAGUUGUUACUGUAAACUAGCACUUCUUAGAGACAAAGUUAUGGGACAUGCUGUAUAACUACUUACCAUUCUGAAGUGUAACAGUCAAGUUUAUAUGUAACGAUUGUUAAUCCCUUUUUUAAAUGUUUAUUUAUA